AUGCGACUCGGAGACAUCAGCGCUGACAGGAAUGUAUUGUCUCAGUCUCAUCGACGAGACCAAUUGAUCGAAUGGAUCAAAGGUCUCCUCGCAGUCCCCUUUGUGCUGCACUCGCAUCCCACGGCCGUCUAUGAUGAAAGCAGCAAAAAGCUGCGCGCCGUGGCAGCUGACACCCAUCAGCGAUACCGGGAGAUCAUGCGCGAUGUGGAGAAUCUCAUCUUGGACCAUAUCGAUCAUGAAUGGACCAGCGCUCCCGGUAAAUCCAAACUAAACCUCCUCGUUCCCACGGUCGGGACUUUCUUCACCAAACUCCCCCUCGAAGAUGCAUUCCGGUACCAGGAUGAUCACCGCUUUAUCAGCCGGCGGCGCUUCGUUGCGCCCUCGUUCAACGAUGUCCGGUUGAUUCUCAACACCGCGCAGGUCCUGGGUCUGCUCCGGUCCAACGGUCCUGAUCUCGUCACCUUCGACGGUGACGUGACGCUCUACGACGACGGGGCGUGUCUGACGGAAGACAACCCGGUGAUUCCUCGGCUUAUUCGUCUUUUGUCGCAGGACCGCAAGAUCGGGAUUGUUACUGCGGCUGGGUACACCGAUGCGCCUCGGUACUACGAGCGUCUGAAAGGGUUGAUUGAUGCUGUGCAUGAAUCUACGGUAUUGACGGCGGAGCAGAAGAGCGGUCUGGUCGUUAUGGGUGGUGAAAGUAACUUCCUGUUCCGCUACGAUCCUAAUGACGCUGUUCGGUUGGUGUGGGUGCCGCGCGAGGAAUGGCUGCUCGAGGAGAUGAAGUAUUGGAAAGAAGAGGAUAUCGCCGAACUAUUAGACAUCGCGGAGUCCUCUCUGCGCGCCUGCGCGACCAACCUCAGCAUGCCUGUCUCCGUUCUCCGCAAAGAUCGCGCGGUCGGAGUGUUUCCUGACCGGGGUACACUAAUUGAUCGCGAGCAGCUGGAGGAAACAGUCCUCGUUGUGCAGAACACAGUCGAGCGCUCCGCCGUGGGAUCGCGAUUGCCAUUCUGCGCUUUCAACGGUGGAAACGAUGUUUUUGUCGACAUCGGUGAUAAAUCCUGGGGAGUGCGCGCAUGCCAGCAGUACUUCGGAGGAAUCGACCGCACCAAGACAUUCCAUAUAGGAGAUCAGUUCCUAUCGGCCGGUGCGAAUGAUUUCAAGGCGCGUCUUGCAUCGACGACCGCGUGGAUCGCUAGUCCUGCCGAAACGGUGGCGCUUCUGGAUGAAUUGGAGGAGCAUGAGAAGGCACUUUCCAUUCCGGAUGCGCUUAUAGAUGGCUAG